GUCUGAAGCCUCGCGAUGUUUGAGAAGCAGCUGUUCCCGUUCCUCGCCGUGGCUGCUCUGAGGUACAGAAGCCUUUCGCCCUGCAUACUGUGCUUCGGAAACCCCUCUCCUCGCUUUCCCUUUCGCGCCAUGGGGAAGAUCGGGUUGCAGUUCAAGGCCACUUUGGAAAAUAUUACCAACCUCAGGCCUGUCGGGGAGGACUUUAGGUGGUACCUCAAGCUGAAGUGUGGGAACUGUGGUGAAGUUUCAGAAAAAUGGCAAUAUCUACGACUAAUGGACAGCCAUCCUCUCAAAGGAGGCCGGGGGAGUGCCACAAUGGUGCAGAAAUGCAAGCUGUGUUCCCGAGAAAACUCCAUAGACAUUUUGAGUCAUACAAUGAAACCUUACAAUGCUGAAGACAAUGAGACAUUUAAGACAAUAGUGGAGUUUGAAUGCCGUGGCCUUGAACCAGUUGACUUUCAACCAAAGGCUGGUUUUGCUGCCAAUGGUGCAGAGUCUGGCACACCUUUCAGCGACAUCAACUUGUUGGAGAAGGAUUGGAAUGAGUAUGAUGAAAAGAUAAAGGAAUCAGUUGGCAUCUAUGAAGUUACACAUAGGUUUGUGAAAUGCUGAAACUUUUUUUUGUUUUGUAAGAAAUCCUUUUCUAUAUUGCCAUGUUGUUCAAUUUAUUUGUGUACGAUCUGCAAUAAAGUUAUAUACUUUCUACUUC